AUGUCUGACUCAAUACCUUCCCAUCCUCAACAGAGUCUCGACUCGGCACACUUACACAUGGCCCGGGUCGAGACACGUGAAACCCUGCAAGACUCGGGGAUUUCAGAAAACCCGCCCCCAGUGGACUACAACUAUGCCGAUAUUGAACGACAAAAUCACACUGAGUUCCCAGAGGAAUAUGUCAUUGAAACGAGAACUGGAUUGGUUCCACAAGCAGCUUUGCAGCAAUUACGAUCCCAUACCUCCUCGUUGACACAUACACCGAGUGAAGGCCAAAACUUCGACAUAGAGAAAGGCCCGAAGGAGCCUGUUGAAUACGUGACUUUUACAAUCGAUGAUCCCGAAAAUCCACACAACUGGUCUCGAAAAUAUCGCUGGCUUGUCACUCACAUUGCAUCCGCUGUCGUGGUAUGCGUAGCCUAUGGCUCAGCGGUCGUCACUGGCGGUCUGGGUCUCAUUGAGGCAAAGUACAAUGUCUCAUUGGAGGUUGCUAUCUUGACCUGCUCCAUCAUGGUCUGUGGAUUUGCUGUGGGACCUUUGCUCUGGUCUCCACUAUCUGAGAUCAUUGGUCGCCGACCAGUAUACAUUGUCUCAUUCGCUCUCUAUACCAUCUUCAACAUCCCUUGUGCCAUAGCACCAAACAUCGGUACCUUGCUUGUAUGCCGUUUCCUUUGCGGUGUGUUCUCUAGCUCCGGACUGUCUCUCGCUGGUGGAACCAUCGCCGAUAUCUGGAAUCUUGAGGAGCGAGGCAUGGCCAUCGCCUACUUCGCCGCCGCUCCCUACUGCGGACCUGUCUUGGGUCCGAUCGUAGCAGGCUGGAUCAAUGUCGGCACCGGUCGUCUGGAUCUGUUCUUUUGGACAAACAUGGGCUUUGCAGGUGUUCUUAUGAUCGCUAUAGGCCUUGUCCCUGAGACUUACGCCCCUGUUAUUCUCAAACGCCGUGCUGCGAAGCUUCGUAAGGAAUCCGGAAACCCAAAUAUCAUCACCGAGCAGGAAAAGACCAAAUUAUCACUGAAUGACAUUAUCCGGACAAACCUCAUCCGUCCACUCACCAUGAUCAUGACGGAGCCGGUCCUCGAUUUAAUGUGUGUCUACGUCAUGCUCAUCUACUCCAUGCUUUACGCAUUCUUCUUCGCAUACCCGGUUAUUUUUGGCAAACUUUACGACUACAAUGACGGACAAAUUGGACUGAUGUUCAUUCCCAUCUUGAUCGGCGCUGCCUUUGCGCUGCUCGUUACCCCGAUCCUCGAAAAAGAUUUCAAGCGCAUCUGUGCCAAGCGCGCCCCGACACCGGAGGAUCGAUUGAAAGCUGCUAUGUGGGGAGCUCCAUUCGUUCCGAUUGCAUUUUUCAUUCUUGGUGCUACUUCGUAUAAGCAUAUCAUCUGGGUUGGGCCUGCGUCAUCUGGUCUUGCCUUUGGCUUUGGAAUGGUUCUGUGCUACUAUGGCGUGAAUGCUUAUAUCAUCGAUUCGUAUCAAAAGUAUGCUGCAUCCGCUUUAGCUGCGAAGGUUUUCUUGCGAUCUGGUGGUGGUGCUGCUUUCCCUUUGUUUAUUACUCAGAUGUAUGACCGUCUGGGAUUGCAAUGGGCUUCGUGGCUUUUGGCUUUCAUUGGAGUUGCAAUGGUGUUCAUUCCAUAUAUCUUCUAUUUCUUUGGAGGUCAGCUCAGAGCGAAGUUAAGUCGCGAAUGA